AUGACACUUUUCACUUGUCGAAAGUCAUCAGUACUACCUUUUUUGUUUUUCCUUGCCUGUACUUCAGCUUUUGCCCAUGAAUUCUCGAUCGUUGGAUACACCCCUGAGGAUUUGACAUGCAUUGACAAGGUCAUUAACCUCUUUGAAUCAUGGGUCUCCAAAGACGGAAAGUUUUAUAAGACUAUUGAAGAGAAGUUGUAUAGGUUCGAUAUCUUUAAGGACAACUUGAAGCAUAUUAACGAAACUAAUAAAAAAGUUAGCAACUACGGGCAUGGGCUUAAUGAGUUUGCAGACUUGAUUCACCAAGAAUUCAAGAACAUGUUCUUGGGGCUCAAGGGUAAGUUGCUAGAGAGAAGAGAACAGACACAUGAAGAGUUCACCUAUAAAGAUUAUGGAUCUCCCAAGUCCGUGGAUUGGAGAAAGAAAGGUGUUGUUACACCCGUCAAGAACCAAGGUUCAUGCGGUAGUUGUUGGGCGUUUUCAACCGUAGCUCUAGUGGAGGGAAUAAACCAAAUUGUGACUGGGAAUUUGACAGCAUUGUCGGAAUAGGAGUUAAUCGAUUGUGAUACAAGCUUUAAUAAUGGCUUAAAGGGAGGGUUGAUGGACCAUGCCUUCUCCUUCAUUGUCAAAAAUGACGGGCUUCAUAAGGAAGAAGAGUACCCCUAUAUCAUGAGUGAAGGCACUUGUGACCAAAACAAGGAUGUAUCAUCAGAGGUAGUGACGAUAAGUGGAUAUCAUGAUGUACCUCAAAACAAUGAAGAUAGCUUCUUGAAAGCACUAGCAAACUAGCCAAUUAGUGUUGCAAUUGAUGCUUCAGGUCGCGACUUUCAGUUUUACAGCGGGGCUUUCAAUCUCCAUGUUAAAGCCAAUGAACUCAAACAAAACGAGAAAUCUCUUGAAGAUUUCUGGAUCGCUUUGCAAGGUGUUUUGGGCGAGAUCGAUCGAAUCGAUCCAAACCCUAUGAAGUGCCAUGAUGAUAUCAAGAUCUAUGCCAAAACCAGAUCCGAUCAAAAACUAUUUCAGUUUUUGAAUGUCUUAGAUCGAAAGUUUGAGUCAAGCAAACGAGAAAUACUUCGGAUUGAUCCGCUACCAACCGCAGAAUCCGCGUGUGCCACGGUUCGAAGGGAGGCCGCUCACCAGAAUAUUCUGGGGGCAACCUCGAACGAAGCACAAGGAGUUACUGCCGGCUUAAUCGCCAGAAACAAUGGCAGCGACAGCAGCCUAGCAACCAAAGGGUUUCGUCAUGAAGAAAUAAAAAAGAAGCAACCUUUCCAAUAUAAUAAGUCUCAUCUUAUAUGUGAUGAGUGUGGUAUGGAAAGACAUACCAAAGAACAGUGUUUCCGUCUUGUAGGAUAUCCGGCAUAG